AUGAACAAUCGAUUACUAUAUUACAGCAUCUCUGAUGUCUUAGUUUGUCUUGUGAUUGGAGUAGUAAAUAUAUUUCAGAAAUCCUGCUGUUAUGGAUUUGCCAUUUCAUUUCUUGCAGAGUCUAUUUUGAUGAUUGCUUUUAUUGUUUUGCUUCAAAAAAACUUUUUAAAUCCCUUGAUCAGAGAUUGUUACUUAAUAAUUUCAUGUAUUUUAUGCUAAAUUUUGCAAAUUGAGUUCUCAGAAUAAAAAGACUCUCCUGUAUUUACUAUAAAUAUUAUUAGGAAUAUAUACUCUUCUUUAUCAUAAGAUUAUUUGUACUUAUAACAGUUAUUUAAAGAAUACCAUUUCGAAUCAGCAUUUUUAUUAUUAUUUAUAUCUACUUAUGUAUAAGAUUAAGGUUUUAUAGAAAUAUAUUUCCUUAUCUUGGUUUAAUAUUUGUACCUUUAGUAAUCAAAAUAGAUAAGCAGCAAUAAAAUCUUUCUAAUUUAAUUACUGAUUUUUUCAAAGAGACAAUUACAUAUCCUAUAUUAAUAAUAGAUGCCUAAUCAAAACAACCUUUAUUUCAUACUAAUUAAAUUGAAUCUGAUUUUAAUUAUUCAUUUAAUAAUCAAAAGAACUUCAUCAAUACUCUAUAAUAAUUUUAAGAUUCUGCUCAUAAAUCUUUAAGUUAGAUUUUCGAUGAAAAAAUAUUACUAACUAAAACUGGAGAUCUAGCUUAAUAUUGUAAACUUUAAGUAAUUUCUAAUGAAGAUUAUUAAUAUAUGGAUUCCCCUUAAAAUAAAAAGAUUUCAACAUUUAUUCAUGAUGAAAUUAAUGAAGAUAAAUAAGAAUUAGUUGUUUAAAGUCCUAAAAGUUAGAUUGAUACUCCUUAAAAAAUAAAAAAAAGUAAAUUUGGAUAAUUUAAAGAUAGUCAAUAUCUUUUAGAUAAAAUUAAUGAAUUAAAAUAAAAAAAAUUAAAUAUUUAAGUCUAACAUUGCAUUUGGAAUUAUAAAGAAGCUUAUAUGAUUUAAUUAAAAGAUUUAAGAAAUCAAUAAAUGAUAGAAAUAUUGAAUGAAGAAUUAGAAGAAAGUAAAAGACAAAAUGAAAAUAAGGAUUAGAUUUUAGCCACAGUGUUCCAUGAUUUUAAAACUCCAAUUAAUGGUAUUUCAACUAUUGUGGAGGCUAUGGAAGAGAAAUUUGAGAUUAAUUCAUAAUAGAAAUAUUAUUUAAGAAUAAUUAAGAAAAAUGUAUAUUUGAUGUUGUAUAUGAUACAAGAUAUUUUGGAUUUCGCCAGAAUUCAAAGGAAUUAAUUAAGGUUAAGUAUCAGUGAUUUUUAUUUAAAUGAAAUAAUUGAAGAAGUAGUUGAAUUGGUGGCAAUAUAAGCUGAAUAGAAGGGAGUUGUGAUAACAACAAAUUAUGAUCUACCGACUUACUAAAUUUAUAGUGAUCCAAAUAGAAUUAAAUAAAUCUUAAUGAAUUUUAUUUCUAAUUCAUUGAAAUUUACUGAAUCAGGAUCUAUAACAAUUUCAGUGACUUCCCAUCAAACAGAUAAAUCAUAACAUAUUAUUCGAACUGGUUCAUCUAAAAAUGUUUUAAACUAAUAACAAAAUUAAUAAUCUAUAGGGUAAUUGAGAAAAUAACUAUCAGGAAUAUCAGUAAAGUCUAUAAAUGGAUCUAAUAGAAUGAUUUAUACUAUAACAAUAGCAGAUACAGGUUGUGGGAUAUCUGAAAAAAUCAAGCCAAAGUUAUUUAAUAUGUUUGCAACAUUCCCAAGUAAGGAAGUUUAGAAUAAAUGUGGUACAGGAAUUGGAUUAAUGGUCUGUAAGAAACUAAUUAAAUUAUUGGGGCCAUCUGAAAAUAUAGAUCUAUGGAGUGAAUAAAAUAAAGGAACCAAAAUGUCAUUUUAAAUAUAUUCUCGAUUAUCAGAUGAUCCAAAAAGAUCUCCAAAUUAUAUAAGUGUAUUCAAAUAAGAAAAUAGCUAAAAGAAUUUUAAUAUUGAUAAUCAAUCUUAAUAUGAUGAAUAACACUCUAUCCAAUAAACAUUUGUUCGUUCUUCAUUAUUAUAUGUUUAUUAAAGAUCAGUAGAUAAACAAGAUGCUAUUAUUGAUUUUGAUUUGCAUCCUGAAUAUGAAGAUAUUAAUGAAUAGAAAUUCCAUAAUAUUAAUUACAUGAAGAACUAAAGAUCCCCUACAAUUGGGAAAAUAAAAAAUAAAGAAUAAAUACUUGAUGAUUCAUAAGAUGUAAUUGAUCCAAGAAAUCGUUUAUAAAAGAUAUUAAAAAAUAAACCAAAUUUCUCCAUUUUAAUUGUUGAUGAUCAACCAUUUAAUGUAAUAGCUUUGAAAUUACUUUUAUAAGAUAUCUCCUCAAAUAUCACAUUUUUAGAGGCUUAUAAUGGUUAAUAAGCUAUCAAUAAAUUAAAAGGUUUCUAAAAAUAAAAAAAUAUCAAAUACAUAUUUAUGGAUUUAUUGAUGCCAAUAGUAAAUGGUUGGUAGGCUACAUAAAUGAUUAGAGAAAUGGUAUAUUAUACAAUUUAUGUUAGAUAUAAAAAAAUGAAGUAGAUGAUCUUAAAAUCAUAGCAAUUUCUGGUUAUGAUGAUGAAAAUGAACAAGAAAGAUGUGGAAAUAUUGGAUUUGAUGCCUUUAUUACUAAACCUGUAAAAUUGGAAAUGAUUGCUGAAGUAUUUGUUUAGUUAGAGAAAGUUUGA